CAUCGAAAUAGGGUUGACGAGGAGAGUUACAGCAAAAGUUCGUUCGAGUUUCCCUGAGACGAAAGUUGGGUGGAGUGAACUUUCUUGCCUUCGCAUGCGUGCUCUUUUGUUUUGUUGUCUUUGCUGCAGAGAUUUACGACAGUGUUGCGGUUUACGGUCUUUCCGCAGGACGACAGAUAGAUAAACAAAAAAAUUGCGAGUCUUUCUGCGAGAAAGUGGAAACCAAAAAAAAAGCAGAAGUCAACAUGCUUCUCCAAAAUCGAGCUGUCAUUGCAUUUGGAUUUCGCAUGUUUUCGACUCAUGUGAUGAGACGAAAUUUGACGGAUGCAGCGAAGCCCAGCUUAGAUAUGUCUGAAUUUCGAAAAGCCUUUGCAAAAGCCAAACACAUAGCGAUCAUCACAGGGGCGGGUGUGAGCGCUGAAAGUGGAGUACCAACCUUCAGGGGGGACAAUGAGAAGUGGAGGACGUGGACGUCUCAGGACUUGGCUACCUCAGAGGCCUUCUCUCGCUACCCAUCUCGUGUGUGGGAGUUUUACCAUUACAGGCGGGAGCUGGCUCUGGGUAAAAUACCCAACGCCGCCCAUGUGGCUAUAGCUGAGUGCGAGGCCCGGCUGAGGAAGCAGGGACGCUCCGUAGCUGUCAUCACUCUAUGCCUGGAUGACCUGCACCGAAAGGCUGGGUCCAAACAUGUGCUCAGGGUUCACGGCAGUCUGUUGGAGACGCGGUGUGUGAGUUGUGGCGAGGUGACCGCAAACCAUCAAAGCCCCAUAUGUGCUGCCCUGAAGGACAAAGGCUCGCCUCACCCAGAUGCCUCCGAUGCUCAGAUCCCCGUGGAUAAACUGCCGAGGUGCGGUGAGAGCGACUGCAGGGGUCUGCUGAGGCCCAACGUGGUUUUCUUUGGGGAGACUCUGGACUCUCAUGUCCUGACCAAGGUGGAAAAAGAGCUUGAUAGCUGUGACCUUUGUCUGGUGGUGGGUACAUCCUCAAUUGUUUAUCCUUCAGCCAUGUUUGGACCACAAGUUGCAUCCAGGGGGAUCCCAGUGGCGGAGUUCAAUACUCAAACAACACCGAAAACAGAAUACUUCACGUACCAUUUCCAGGGUCCAUGUGGAACCACUAUGCCUCCAGCUUUGGCUCAGCAUGAGUCAGAGAUGAUUUAAGAGCCGAGGGCCCGACGUUACAGAAACGGAGCAGCGUCACCUUCUUCUACAGCAGAAAGCAUUCCAAAGCUCCAGUCAUUCAUAAAACUUUCUUCAAAUAAUGUUGCCUUUUUACAGACACUUUAGCUCCUGGUGCUAGUUAGACAGAGGGGUGAACUAUUGGGCCCACAUAUAUUUAGACAUCAACACAUUGUCUGUGAGUUUAUACGUCUGUCACAACGUAUUAGAGUUGAUAAGUAACACAUCUGUGGUUGCCCGUUUUUAAGUGGAGCUGAAGUGUUUGGACAUUUGUUUUACAGUUGAAUGUGUGUUAUUACAAAAAGCCACAAAUAAUACACAGUAGACACUUGAUUCUUACACCACUGGUACCACCUAAUAUAGGGGUCACCAACCGUGUUCUGGAGGUCACUUGCCUUGCAUGUGUUCCAGCUCUUUCUGCUCCACCAAUGCCAAUAUCUUUGUAGGAGAAUGAAGGUCCAAGGUCGUAGGGUCGUGUGCUUCCUGUGUUACUCUGUGGUUGUGAGACUUGGACACUAACCAGUGACCUAAGGUGACGAAUAGAUGGUUUUGGGACGAGGUCUCUUAGGAGGAUUCUUGGGUACUGCCGGAGGGACUUAAAGGAACGAUGACUUUGGGAGACUCAAAUGAGGAGUAUCACUUGCAUGGUUGGGUUAGGGCUUCGACAUGUUGACCAUGUGGUGCCUUUCUCUGGGCAUGAUUCAGCAGACAGGACAGGUGUAGGAGACCAAGUGGGCAUCCUAGUUUUGCCUGGUUGCAGCAAAUUGAUGGCUACUUUCAAGAGGUUGAGUUGAACCAAUUUUUUUUUUUUUUUGCUUUGUUGGCCAAAAUCAAGGAUCCAGUGUGGUUGUGGUGAUAUGUGACACUAGCGCGUCCUCCCAGGCUUGACUUGCCCCUUGAUACUGACACCAUUGGUACACCCUAUGAGUAGAUGGAGUACCCCAUCUACUCAUAGGGGGUAAUCUACUCAUAAAGGCUUUCUGCUUGUUAAUGAGGAUGGUGUGGGUUUAAAAUUUGUUGCUAAAAGUCAUUUAUCUGCAGAUUUGUCCAUAAUUUGACAGAUUAACACACACAGCUCUGAAACAGUGUAGCAGCGACGUGUAUUUGGUCAUUUGAAAAGGUGGCACGUGGUGCUGAAAAUGCUGUUUGCCUCAACGUCGGGUAACUUGAGGAUACAGCUGUCACUCAGUCAGCACAACACGCUAAUAUUCACGGUUUGCUUUCAACUCUAACAUGUUGUGACAAGCAGCUAAUAUAACGAGCUUUGUCCGUGUCUAAAUAUAUGGAAUUUACUGCGUAAUUUAACUUUUGAUGAAUUUGAGAUGCUAAUCUCACAAUUUGCAAAGUGAACUAAACUGGAAGCCUGAUUGUUUUUUUUUUUUGUUUGUUUGUUUUGGUUUUUUUUUUUACAUCUGUGCUGCUGAUUUAUGAACUGAGUCUCAAAUAUGAUGCAGGAAACACAAAUGAUAUGUUAGUCCUGUUUCUUCAGGCAUCACAGAGUAUUGUUCCUGAUUGUUUUUGUUUUUUGUUAAGGCAGCGGAUAUUCUUCUGUGACCGGAAAAGAACUUGCUUUGGCUAUUUGCCAAGGAACACGUGAUUGGUCGAGCGCGAAUGAGUUUUUAAUAUUUUUGUGGCGCAAAGUAAUUCCUCUUCUGGUCACAGAAGAAUAUCUGCUUCAUUUUGUUCAAGGUGAUGCUGGCAAUAUGUUGGAUCUUUGUGUACUGCCAAAAUAAUCCUACUGGUGCCAUUAGCAAAUAUUUUCUCUCUGUCUCUGGGGUUCAGAAUAAUAAUCUUGUGCCUUUUGUACUGUUUACACAACCUUGAACAAAUAUUUGCUUUAAAGCUUUUAGGAGUGGAUUUCAACAAAAGUUACAAAAAUUUACUUUGCCAAGUUUGCAGUUGACCAAGAACAGAAUGGAGAAAGGAAUUUAAAAAUCCUACAUAUGUAUAAUUUUCUUCUCAUGCUGUUUUUUUCUAUUAUGAUUAUUAUUACGCUAUCGUGGAUACGUCAAGCUCACAUUACAUAUUUGAUACAGCCGAUGUCAAUUUCAGAAUAUAUAUAUAUUUUAAUUGUUGAUACAAAUGGUUUAAAGUCAUGAUUCAUUGGCUAAAAUGUUUGUAAUCAUGUUACAUGAUGCCUGAAAAUGUGCAAAAACUGCCAAGAAUGAAAAGACUGAAGCAUUA